AUGGGCACCUCAGUGAUUCAGCAAAUCGGCUUCAUUCUGGGUGUGUUGGGCCAGUUUUUCAUAUCUGCUGCUACAGCCAUGGAUAUGUGGGGUUUACAGGACCGGUCCUUCUCAGUCAUAACAAGUGUUUACACUUACUCUGGACUCUGGAAAUCAUGUGUAGAAAACUCAUCUGGAAUGACCCAAUGCAGGCCUUAUUUUACCAUACUAGGGCUGCCAGUUAUGCUCCAAGCUGUGCGGGCACUGAUGAUAGUUGGGAUAGUUCUGGGAGCCAUCGGCUGUCUGAUCGCCAUCUUUGCCCUCAAGAGUCUGAAGAUGGGAAAUAUGGAGGACAAUGUCAAGGCUACCAUGACACUGACCUCUGGGGUCAUGUUUCUGCUUGCAGGUGUCUGUGGCAUUGCUGGAGUGUCUGUCUUUGCCAACCUAAUCGUGUCCAGCUUCCGGUUCACCACCUAUGCAGACAGUGGAUAUGGAGGAGAAGGAGUACUGGGAGGACUUGGAGGAUCUCUCACUCCCAGGUACACCUUUGGCACCGCCCUCUUCGUGGGGUGGAUAGGCGGGGCUGUGUUGGUCAUAGGAGGAGUUAUGAUGUGUAUUGCCUUCAGAGGGAUGAUUCCAUCAAAGGAGAAGCGACAAGGUUAUGGGGUGGCCUACAAAGCUGCGUCCCAACACACAACAGUGUACAAGGAUGACGCGAAACCCAGACUCGCCUAUGACGAGUCUUUCAGAGCCCAGAUUAUGAAUGGAAGACACUCCAACCAGCAAUAUGUGUGA